CAGACAGUCAGUCAGUCAGUCAGUCAGUCGUAGAGCUGGCCCUCUGCGUUCCAGCCAAACAUAGAAAAGUGUCACUGAAGUCCAUCCAUAAUUUACUAUCUGCCCAUUAUCCUUUAUCUCAUUGCAAUAAAACCAAUAUUAUAUAGUUAAAGUGACAGAUGCACCAUAAUUCAAGUAUUUCAGUGCUGUGUAAUAUGAUAUAUCUGUGUACUUUAUUCUGUGUAAUAGGUAGCAGCAGCAGAAGUGUGUGCAUGAACUCCUAGUGCACUGAUCAGGUUUCUGUAAGACGACACCAUUCAUGCCGGUGUUAUAAUGAUCACAACAUGUCAAUCACAGAGGUGAUAACUCAGCGGUCAUGUCGUCUGUUGUCUUUGUGAACAGGGAACACCGUCAGCAACCUGAUUAUGAUUCUUCCUCCCAUCUACGGGGCCAUCCAGACGUACCGAGACGGCCUGGAGUUUCGUUACAUCUGCUCUUUCCUCGGACUGGCAGCUGUCGGUGUUGGUUCCUGGUGCUUCCACAUGACGCUGCUAUAUGAGAUGCAGUUACUGGACGAGUUGCCGAUGAUUUACAGUACAUGCGUCUUUGUCUACUGUCUAUAUGAGUGUUUCAAACAGGAGAACAGCAUCAGUCUGUUUCCUAUUGCAUUAUUAUUAAUCUUCAGUGUCUCAGUCACUGUGGUAUACUUGCAGUGGAAGGAGCCAGUCUUCCACCAGGUCAUGUACGGUGCUCUGGUAGCCUGCCUAGUGAUGCGAUCUAUCUUCAUUGUUACAUGGGUGUACCCGUGGCUCAGACCGCUGUGUUACACCUCCCUAGGAGUCUUCCUGUUAGGCUUCCUACUGUGGAACAUUGACAACAUCUUCUGUGAAACAUUAAGAGCCACUAGACGAAGGCUUCCCCCUGGUGUUGGAGUAGUAACACAGUUCCAUGCCUGGUGGCACAUCUUCACAGGCCUUGGAUCCUACCUGCACAUACUUCUCAGCCUGCAGAUCAGGUCAACCUACCUCAAGUUGAGGCCAAAUGUAAAGUUUCUUUGUGGAGUUUGGCCCACGUUGCACAUUGAACCACAGAAGACGAGUUGAAAUGAAGGGAUGGUGACUGCCGUAUCCAGACGCUAUCGUCACAGGGACCUGCCAACGCCCCCUGCUGGGAAAUCAGCCCACAGCGAGGGGGGCAGGUAGACCCCAAGGCACCACCCCGGGGACCCUUUGGUUCUGCACUGUGGGGAUUAACUAAGAACAGUACAGCACUGAGUCCAGUUUAAAGAAAUGGAAGGUUUUUAUUUCAUCAGUCAUAAUUUAUUAGACUAGCUUUUCUGUGAUCUUAUUGAAGUGUAAUAAUCGUAUUUGCUCAUUAAUAUGUCCACUGCAGUGGUAGAUGUUGACGGGGCUAUGGGUGUUAUCUUAAUUAGGGUUGGGGGGAAAUUCAGAAUUGCCAUUAGCAAAUUUAUUGUUGUAUGUUUAAUUCUGUGGAUAAUUGAAUCUCCUUAGCCUAAAGAUAUUUAAGUAGGUCCCUAAACUAAAGAAUAACUAUUGCUUAUGUGUAGUUUAACGAGUAGCUGAGGGAGCUCUACUUAGAACACAGUGAUGUCAUAUCCCUUUUUCAAGAAGUAUUGUAUUGUUUUGGAUAGAAACUGACAACUCAACCCGGUCUCACGGGAAGGCGUGUAAAUACCACGUUACACGGACAUUCUGCAUGUCAUGACUACGCAUUUUUAGAGUUUUCACGUGUCAUUUGUACGCCACGCAAAUGUCCGCAGUUAGGUUCAGGCCAAGAAAACCACCUAGUUAGGGUAAGGGAAAACGUCAUGGUUGAGCUUAAAAUAAGUAAGUUAAUUAAGUAAAACAACGUACGCAAACAUCUACGGAAACACGUGACCAGGGUCUGAAAUUAGCACGCGCCACCAGCCAAAUGCAGGUAAAUUGUUGGCAGUGGUGGGUGAAAUCAUCAGGACAUCCAACCCCUUAGACAGGCAGGGAAAACGCU